ACUGUCUUUCGUCUCCUUCCCAAGCACGUAAUUCUCGCUGGUGGGUGCCGGGAAUCCAUGCAGCAAAGAAGAAAGGGAUAGGAGAGAGAACAGGAAUGAGUCAGCCCCGCUCACAGGCAUCCCGGCCCUGCCCCAUCUUGGGGAGCUCUGGCGGGCUCCCUCUACCCCGGUGGACAGUACCACCACGGCUUCCUGCGGGGACGACCCUGGACUGCGCUGCUGUUACCUUCCCCUAAGGCCUCAGAGCGGGUGGUCAGUCUGAAGCCCUCUACGCCCAAUCCUCAGGAGCCCCGUGAACGAGCAAGGGGACGAUGACAAGCCCAGGGGCAUGGCCCCCGGAGACCAGCGGGGACAGGAUGAGUAGGAGGAGCUUCUAAAUUAUCCAUUAGCACAAACCGUCAUUUGUCCCAUGCAUAAAUAUAUGGGGAAAACAGGCAGCAGCCUUGGGUGGGGGAGAAGGGCCAGGGUAUAAAAAGGUCCCGCAGGGGACCAGCUCCAGAAUCCCACAGUCCAGCUCCCCAAACGGAUCAGGGUCCUGUGGACAGCUUGCUCAGCUGCAAUGGCUACAGGCUCUCGGACCACCUGGCUCCUAGUGUUCGCCCUGCUCUGCCGGCCCUGGCCUCAGGAGGCCGGUGCCUUCCCGGCCGUGCCUUUGUCCAGCCUGUUUGGCAAUGCGGUGCUCCGAGCCCAGCACCUGCACCAGCUGGCCGCUGAUACCUACAAAGAAUUUGAGCGCACCUACAUCCCCGAGGGACAGCGCUUCUCCACCCAGAGAACUCUGCCGGCCUACUGCUUCUCCGAGACCAUCGGGGCCCCGACGGACAAGGAAAACGCCCAGAAGAAGUCUGACAUGGAGCUGCUGCACUUCUCGCUGCUGCUUAUCCAGUCGUGGCUGGGCCCCAUGCAGUUCCUCAGCAGGGCCUUCCCCAACAGCCUGGUGUUCGGCACCUCGGACCGCGUGUAUGAGAAGCUCAAGGAUCUGGAGGAGGGCAUUCAGGUGCUGAUGCAGGAGCUGGAAGACGGCAGCCCCCGGGCCGGGCAGAUCUUCAAGCAAACCUACGACAAGUUUGACACCAACUUACGCGGCAGUGACUCGCUGCUCAAGACCUACGAGCUGCUCUCCUGCUUCCGGAAGGACAUGCACAAGACUGAGACCUACCUGCGGGUCAUGAAGUGUCGCCGCUUCUCGGAAAACAGCUGUGCCUUCUAGUUGCACACUGUCUGUGUCACCCACCCAGCACCUCCCCUUACCCUGCAAAGUGCCACCCCAGGGCCCACUGUCCUUGUCCUAAUAAAACUAAGUUGCAUCAUAUUAUCCGA